GAAUGAUGUCACAAAGCCAUCAAAGCCAUCAGUUCAGAGAAAUCUUACCAAUAGGCAUAUGAAGUGGUUACUGAGUCAAUAGAGCAGAAGAUUCCUGAGACUGCAGCAAUACGUCACGCCUUCAAUUUGGCAAAGGGGGACAAUGGAGCACUUUCUCGAAUACUUCAGAGUUCGGAACAUAUUGCCGACACACAACGAACACAACGAACACAACGAACACAAUGAAGACAACAAUGACAAAAAAGACAACACAGAUCUCCUGAGGACAGAGCAGCAGAUUUCAGAGAGGGCAGCAUCACGUCCCCCCUAUUUCGGAAGAGGGUCACUUCAUCCCUUGAAGAGACCUCACUUGAACUUAAAUAUCCAGAAAAAAUCAGCUCAAGAGAUGAUAUCUUACUUGAAGCCAGCUUGCAUGAAGCCACCUACCCUGAACACACCUCGCGUGAAAACACCUCCCCUGAACACAGAUCUCCUGAAGGAGCAGCGGAUUUCAGAGAUGGCAGCAUCACGUCCUGUCAGUGUGCCAAAGGAGUUAGAGGGGCUCCCUUUCAAACCAACCAGCCUUAUGAAUGACAGAUUGCUGACAGAGGCCAAAAACGAGGGAAUUCUCCUGAGGACAGAUCUCCUGAGGACAGAUCUCCAGAGGACAGCUAUCCCAACUCUAGCUGAUGAGGAUCAGACACAUGAGAACCUCCCAAAGGCUCCAGCUGCUGAGGAUCAGACACAUGAGAACCUCCCAAAGGCUCCAGCUGAUGAGGAUCACGAAACAAGUUGGUGGCCCAGCACUGCUAACGUUCUACGGAAAGUAGCUUGGUGUGCUGGCAUCGCCAUCGUGGGUGUAGUGGCCUAUCAAAUCAUCUCACAUGGACAUUGUCACCUAUAGAUAUGAGGUGUAGCACCGUGAUGAGGUGUAGCACCGUCAUAUCACAUGGGGUGACAGAGCUGUACCUCAUAUGAUUAUAUGCGAUAUGAGG